AUGCACUGUAGAUUAUUCGCUGGUAUAAGAUCAUCUUCACGACAAUUAAUUCUAGGAAAAAAAUAUUAUAGUCCAACAAAUGAGGACGAACAAAAUCAAACUUUCAAAUGUGGUGUUUGUGGAAAAAGUUAUUCAAGAUUGGAUAAUUUAAAGAGACAUCAAAGUCUUGAAUGUGACAAAGUUCGAAAAUAUUCAUGUUAUAUUUGUCACAAGACAUAUUAUAGACGUUAUGUUUUGAUAAACCACAUUUCUUCUAAACAUCCUCAAUAUAGAACGGACUGAAAAAUUAUUUUAUUAUUAUUAUGAUAAUUAUUA